AUGGCCUCAGAAAACGUGCUCACUCCUUUUAUCAAGAAAUUGUUCACGACCCCACCCACGCUCUCUCCAGCGGAUCUGGGCUCGGUGCUCAAACUUGUUAUCCAGGGCUCGUCUUCAGAUAUACAAACGGCUGCGUUUUUCACCGCACUGAGACUCACAAACGUCGACCACCAACCAGAGUUCAUAUCAACUGCAGCACAAACAGUUUUGGAGUUUUCGUCUACGGUAGACAUAAAUUCUGUUGACAAGGAUGGAUAUCUGGACAUUGUUGGAACCGGUGGUGACUCACAAAACACCUUCAAUGUGUCUACGUCAGCUGCCAUAGUCACGGCUGGAAUGGGUCUCAAGGUGUGCAAACACGGAGGAAAGGCCUCGACAUCGAAAUCUGGAUCUGGUGAUCUAAUGGCCCAUUUGGGUGUUGAUCUGCUCAAAGUCAAUGCAGCUUCAACUCCUUCUAUACUUUCCAAAUCUAAAUUGUGUUUCCUGUUCGCUCCAGCAUUUCACCCUGCGAUGGGCAAAGUUGCACCAAUCAGAGCAGGGCUCGGUAUUCCUACCAUUUUCAACAUCCUGGGACCUCUUUUGAACCCCGCACCUGUAAGAGCGAGAGUUUUGGGGGUUUACGCGGAGUCGCUUGGUCAGGUUUAUGCUGAAGCUGCUUUGGCUAUGGACGAGGCCAAGGGAAAGAUUGCUUCCACGUUGGUGGUUUGGGGAGAGUGCGGGCUUGAUGAAAUCUCACCAAUUGGUAGGUCUAAGAUUUGGAGAGUUGAUCCAACGACAAAGCAGAUCACUUCCGAGUGGAUACAGCCCUCUGACUUUGGAUUGCCCGAACAUAGUCUGGACCUGGUCAGAUCGGGUACGCCUGCCGAAAAUGCAGUUCUGCUGAGGGAGAUACUUGAGGGGAAGUUUGGAGUUGGUCCAGGUGAACCUUUGGUUGACUACAUCGUGAUGAAUUCGGCUGCUUUGGCCGUUACUGCUGGUGCUGCCAAUACUUGGAUAGAGGGCGUGGAGCUCGCAAGGAAAUCGAUCUCCAGUGGUGCGGCUCUGAAAAGUUUGGAGGGGUUCGUAGAUGCUGUCAGUGAAGUGUGA